AUGCCGUCCAGCGAGCAGGAGAAUGGCGGCAGCGGCGCCCUGCUGCUGGGCGGCAGCGCGUGUCGGGGGCAGGCAGGGUGCCGCGCGGUGCAGCCUGUCACUGCAGCUGCAGCGCCCUUCCGCUUCCACGCCCCCCGCUGCCACAUCGACUGGUGUGCGCUGCAUGCGCUGGACCUUGGCGCCGUGGUGCGGGAGAGCGACAUUGAUGCGCUGGAAAGCGUGCUGGAUCUGGUGGCGGGCGGGGACAUCGAGGCCGAGGAUGCCCGCAGCCUGACCCCCGCCAACUUCAUCCAGCUCUUCCGCACAGCGCAGCUCACCCUGGACUACCUGCUGCACGUCCAGGACCGGCUGGCCGGCGACAGCACUGCCGCACAGGGCGAGGCGGCACGGUUACGCCACCAGGUGCAGCUGCUGCAGCUGAAGGUGAAGGAGGUGCGGGAGGAGCUAGUGGGCACCCGCAAGGAGGCGCGGCACCUGAAGAAGUCGCUGCGCAGCUUCGAGGCGCUGGCGCUGGCGCACCAGCAUGCCCCACCACCGCCGCCAGAGGUGCGGGUGGUGGAGAGGGUGGUGGAGGUGGCAGACCCAGCAGCCGCCAGCAAGCUGGAGAGGGUGGAGGCGCAGGUGGCCCAGCUGAUGCAGGAGCGCCAGGACUUGCAGAGGGAUAACAGCAAGCUGGCAGAUGCACUGGCCACAGCGGUUUCAGCUCAGGCGGGUGCGGAGGGCAGCACUGCAAAGGCGGUUGAGUUGGCUCGGAGGGAGGAGCAGGAGGCGGCCUCUGAGCGCCUGCAAGUGGCUCUGGAGAAGGAGCGAAAGAGGCACCGGGACAGUAAGGCCAAGCUGAGCGUGGUGGUGAGCAGCGACAGCUCGCCCAAGCUUCAGAGCAAGGCGGCGCAGCGGCGGGAGCGGGAGGCAGAGGAGCGGGCAGAGGCGGCAGCGCUGGAGGCAGCCCGAGCCAGCAAAGCAUCGGCGGCCCCGCUGGCAGAGGCGCGGCGCCUGCGGGCACAGCUGGAGUCUGCGCAUGCGGAGGCAGACAUGCUGCGCAGCAGGCUGGCGCAAGUGGAUCGUGAGCGCUGCCCGACCAGGGUGGGAAGCCGCCUGGCGAGCAGUGGGCUGGGUGCAGAGCUGGAGGAUGCUGACGAUGCUCGCCUGCGCCAACUGGAGACCCAGGUAGCAGCUCAGCAGUCCCAGCUAGCUGCAAGCAAGGAGGCGCUGGCUCAGGCGCUGGCGCGCUGCAAACAGCUGGAGCAGCAGCUGAAGGCGUCCGAGCAGCAGCAAAAAAGCAGCCAGUCUGGCAGGCAGCCAGCAGCUGUGGCUGAGCGGGCUGCAGCGGCAGAUGUGCUGGAGCAGCAGGUGGAGCGGCUGCGGGAAGAGAAGACGGCGUUGAGGAAUGAGUGCCGCAGGCUGAGACAACAGGCGGCCCAAGAUACAGCUGAGAUUGCACACCUCACGCGGCGUCUGCUCCAAGUGGUGGCCGCCAGGGGUAGCGGCAGCCAGCCGGCUUCCUGCAGUGGGUCGCCCACCAAGGCGGCAGCAGCCAGCAGGGCGGGUGGCGAGAUGAGCAGCGGCAGCCACACGCAGCAGCAGGCGCAGCAGCCAGCAGCGGAACGAAAAGGUGGCAUUGGCUCGCCCAUUGAGGAGGCCGCCGCAGGUGCAGCUGACGGCGGACCGCCUGUUGCAAGCCCUUCUGGGGCCACCGCAGCGCAGCGCCCAUGCAGCCGCCCUGGCAGCGCCCGUGGCCAGCAGAGGCCUGGCAGCCCCAGCGCAGGCUCCCCACCGCCGCAUGGGCGGGCUGAGGUCUUGCCCUCGGCAUCCAACAGGCGGCAGUUCCGGCGGGAGAUGCAGCACGCGCUGGCCAAUGCUGAGCGGCCGGGCGUUGAGGAGCUUGAGGCUGAGCUGGCUGCCGAGCUGGCCAGCUACGGCCUGGACCCUGCAGCCCAGCAGCUCAGCGACAGCCAGCUGGAGGCGGCCAUGGCGCAGCUGGAGCGGCGGCGGGGCGAGGCGCGGGCCGCCAUGUCGGCCAGCGACCGGCAGCGCAUGGACUACAUGCGGUGUACCGCCGCCUGGCAUGUGCAGCGGAUGGCGGAGCUUGCCAGCAGCCAGCGAGAUGCGUCGCCGGUGAAGCGCCCUGCGCUGGUCCCGCCACCAAGCCUGAAACCCAUCAGGACUGCCAGCAAAGACGAGGAGAGGGCCAGCCCAUCGCGGCGGGGCUAUGUGGAGCAGGUGCUGGAUGAGGUGGGAGACGAGGACGCCACCUACUCCCCUCUGGGCCGCGGCGCGUCUGUGCUGUCAGACAGGGGAUACCUGGACGGAGACAUGCCCCGCAGCACGGCCUCCUGGGGCCCGGCGGUGCCGGACAGCGCUGGCGCGCCGCGCAGCCCGUGGGCGCUCACGCAUGAGCGAGUGUUCUUUGGCGGCGAGGAGAUGGAGGGCAGUCAGUCGCCCCUGGCGUAUGCCGCCUCGCCAUCCCGGCAUGCCUCCCCCACCAAGCCUCGAGCCGUGCGGAGCGUGCAGUUCAGCGGCAUGGAGGGGGAUGUUGAUGGCGGGAUGGCGCCUGUGCAGCGCAUUGGCAGACGGCCCUCGUUCAGCCAGCCUGCUGGCGCCGACCACGGACAGUCCCCCAGCAGCCACAAUGUGCAGCGGCAUGUGGAGGAGAUCACAGCAGCCGAGCCGUGGGAUUCCAGGGACUGGGACACGCGGGAGGCGGCAGCCGUGCGGCCUCCUGCGGGCCGCUACGUGAACGGCAGAGGAGCUGGCGUGGGGGCGCGGUAG